GGGGAAUUAUGGCAACCACUCGAGGCUCCCCAUGGGGUAAAUCCUCCGCAACGGCGCCCGCUGGCUAUGACGCGUGUGCCAGGUCGGGUGAGAUGCAAGCCCAAGCGAGGCGGACUCGCCGGGAACCCCACAUGCAGUCUUAGUGCCCUGAUGCAGUGGGUUGCUGCAGGUACUGAUGACCACUGUUUACUCCGUGAUUGAGCCGCGCCAAUCGCUGAGACGGCAGCAUCAAUAAUUCACCGUGUUUCCCGCUUCCAGAAUCGACAUGAAUUGUUCCAGAACCGAGGUGGAUAGAGCUGCAGCUGCCCAUAUAUUCAGCUCUCCCAGCCCGGUCUUGACAAUGGCUUCCUCUCCACGGCACGCCGACUCAGCACCCCAGCUCAGCCCCGUCAAAUCGUCACGAUGAAGUGGUCCACGCUCGUCCUCUCUCUCCUCCCGCUUGUCUCGGCUGCUCCUAAGAAGGAGCAGCAGCCGACGUUCGCCCAGAAUGUCGUCUACACGCCUCCCGAAAACUACACGGACCCGCGUGUGCUGUAUGCCCGGACGGCCCAGCUCAAGGAUGGCACCCUUCUCGCCACUUGGGAAAAUUACAGCCCGGAGCCGCCGAUGGUGUACUUCCCCAUCUACCAGUCCAAGGACGGUGGUCUGACGUGGAACGAGCUUUCCCGCGUCCAAGACACUGCGAAUGGUUUGGGCCUGCGCUACCAGCCGUUCCUUUACGUCCUGGAGAAGUCGUUCGCCGGCUUCCCCAAGGAUACCGUCCUUCUCGCCGGCAGCUCCAUCCCCACGGACCUCUCGAGCACCCAGAUCGACCUCUACGCCUCGACCAACAAGGGCAAGUCGUGGAAGUUCGUCUCGCAUAUCGCGGCCGGCGGCGAGGCCCGCCCCAAUCACGGGCUCACUCCGGUGUGGGAGCCCUUCCUGAUGCAAUAUAAAGACACCAUCAUCUGCUACUACUCGGACCAGCGCGAGAACGCGACGCACUCGCAGAAGAUGGUGCACCAGACGACCACGGACCUGCGCAACUGGGGCCCCGUCGUCGACGACGUCAAGUACCCGACCUACUGGGAACGGCCGGGGAUGCCCACCGUCGCCAGGCUGCCCAACGGCAAGUACAUCAUGACGUACGAGUACGGCGGCAGCCCGGUGCUCUCGGGCUACCAGUUCCCCGUCUUCUACAAGGUCGUCUCGGACCCGGAGAAGUUCGGCGCCGCCGAGGGCGUCGUACUCAAGACGACCGACGGCUACAUCCCGACGGGCUCGCCCUACGUCGUGUGGUCCCCCGUCGGCGGCGCCAACGGCACCAUCAUUGCCAGCGCCCACAGCUCUGGCGACGUCUACAUCAACACGGGCCUCGCCGAGCCCGGAACCCCUUGGAAGCGCGUGGCCACGCCCGAGGACAACGCCUACACGCGCCACCUGCGCGUGCUCAGCAAUGACCCGACCAAGUUGCUCAUCAUGGGCGCUGGCGAGCUGCCGCCGAGCACCACGAACAAGGUGACGGUAAGCGUCAUGGAUAUCAGCAAGCUGUGAGGGGUUGGUCUAAAGAUGAUGUGAUGACGUAUAGUAGAGGAGCGCGCAGUAUUAGUCAAUCCUCAUGUUCUGGAUAGACAAAUAAUCCGUAAUGGUAACUAUCUGGUUCUGAAAGCAAAUCAGUUUUGAUCUAUCCUCAACAAUUAACUGUAUCGCGAGAUCGAGUCGAGUUGGAAUGGCUGAGAUCUACCCCUAUUGUGACGUACUGUCUUGAGU